GACGCACUUAUAAAACCAAAAUUUCUCACCCAGAGAUCUGCUUGCUUUGCAUAAUGGGUAGGCCGCCAUGUUGUGAGGAGACUAGUGUGAAGAAAGGGCCUUGGACGCCUGAAGAAGAUGAGAAGCUUUUUAAAUAUAUCAGCAAACAUGGCAGUGGAAGUUGGAGAUCAGUUCCAAAGCAUGCAGGCCUCAACAGAUGUGGCAAGAGCUGCAGGCUACGCUGGACAAACUAUCUUAGACCAGACAUCAAGAGAGGCAACUUCACGGAAGAAGAGGAGCGAUUGAUCGUCAACCUUCAUUCUGUUCUUGGAAACAAGUGGUCGAAGAUUGCAACGCAUCUUCCAGGGAGGACUGACAAUGAGAUAAAGAAUUUCUGGAACACCAAUCUGAGGAAGAAGCUUCUCCGGAUGGGUAUUGACCCAGAAACUCACAAGCCAAGAACUGACUUGAAGCACCUCAUGAAUCUCUCGCAGCUUCUAGGCAUGGCUAAUAAUAACUUGAUGGGCCCUUGGAGCCGUGAGGGUCUGGGUUUACACCAACCGGAUUUGACUCAUCAGUUAUCCCAAAUCCAACUCCUGCAGAACCUGUUUCAGCUAUUGAAUGGCAGUAGCUUGCAGAGUAUUCUCCCACUCUUGGGUAAUCAAAGUUUGACCAAUAACCCAAUUAUGGAAGCAAGUGUAAAUGUUGCAAACAGCACUCUUCCGAAUAACAAAGAGUCUUUCUCGGGAGACCAAGAAUUAUAUGCAAGCACUGCUCUAUUUCCUCCACCACCUAGUGAAUCACGCCAGGAUGUUUCAGAAUCAUGGACAGACCCAGAAGGAGCAUCGGAUCAAGAAGUUUUGGGUAUUGAUAAUAGUACUAGCAGAAUUUCAUCACAUGAAAUAAGGGGAGCAGAAAACCCACUCCCUACGAAUGAUUCAACCACUUUCAAUCAAAUGGAGAGCAGCCCCAAUAAUAACACAGAUGAAAUGUCAACCCAAUCAUCUCCACCUACAAUCUUUGACGAUGCUAAUUGGGAGAAGCUCUUGGAAGAUGACAUAAACGAUUCCUUCUGGAAAGAACUCUUAGACUUGACGUCCACUUCCACAUCGCCCAUUUCGUGGUAGAGGAUUUUAAUGUCUUUUCCCAGAUGAUCAAGGACUAAAUGCACAGGAGGGAUACAACACAUUGAUUCUUUAUUUGUUCAUUGAUUGUGAAAAUCUUUUGCCUCUUUAGUGUUUAUAUUUGUCUAUCAUCAAGGUCACAAAUUGCAAAUUUGUGUGCUACAAAUAAAAUAUAUAAUGGUUGUAACUUUUUUUUAAUUGGCGUUCUGUUCUUGUUCAUAUACAUUUGUGCUUUAUUACUAAAU